GAAGAAAUAAAUAGAACUGCAAAGGAACAUCAAGAGAACAGUGGUGAAAUGGCCAGUAACGUUGCUUUCUACAUCAGGAGCAAAACUGCAGAUGAAUCGAAGAAUUUGGAGUCUGAGGAGCUAACUGUGAGUCAGCUGCUCUGCUGCCUUAGAAAUGAAACUCAGAAGAGGGAAAAACUUGAGAAGGAGCUUCAAGAUCACAAAGAGAGACUGUCAAAGCUGGAGAAGGAAACCAGCAACUGCCUGGAGAGUGGGACACAAACUGAACAGGAAGAAGAAGAGAGUUCAGAGGCUGUUGGCAGUGAAGUAGAAACCCUGAAUUUGCAAGUUUGUGCUCUGUUUAAAGAGCUUCAGGAAGCCCAUGAGAAGUUAAAAGAAGCAGAAUUGAUUCAGAAGAAGCUUCAAGAAAAGUGCCAAGUACUGGAAAGAAAAAGCUCAGCUGCUGCAUCAGAAUUGGAGGAGAAGCAGCAGCUAAUAUACACUGUCAAGAAGCUGGAGCUUCAGGUGGAGAGCAUGCAGGCAGAGGUCAAGCUGGAACAAGCCAAGACACAUGAAGAAAGGGCAAAAUAUAGUAGCUUGCAGGAUACGUACAACAAACUCCUUCCUGAACUCUCUGAGGCAAGGAAAACAAUCGAGGAAAUGAAAGUAAAAGAGCUGGACAGAGUGGAUAAAGUUGUGGUCGAACAACUGAAUGCAAAGGUGGAGCUGGCAGAACAAGCCCUUGCUGCCAAGCAGCUCCAGAUAGAUGAAAUGAAGCAGAUAAUUGCUAAGCAAGAGGAGGACCUUGAAACCAUGGCUGUGCUCCGUGCUCAGAUGGAGGUUUAUUGCUCUGAUUUCCAUGCUGAGAGGGCAGCGAGAGAGAAGAUCCAUGAGGAGAAGGAGCAGUUGGCCGUCCAGCUGGCAUACCUGCUAAAAGAGCAGCAGAACCUUGAAGAUCUUGGCCGAAACUCUUUGGCGGAGAUGCAGAGUCGCCACGGAGCCAGGGUACCAGAUCGGGAACACUCGCCUCGCCUUGUCCAAAGAGGAACUGGUAGUCAAGACUGGCCAGAGCAGCGGAACAUCUCAAUGUACUCAUGUCCCAAAUGUGAAGAAAUUCUGCCUGAUUUAGACACGCUGCAGAUUCACGUUAUGGACUGCAUUAACUGAUGACCUCUGGUUCCUCAUCCUCUGGAAUUUCACCUGCCAAACACAUUUAUUAUUUUUUUUCUUCCUGCUUGAAUAAUGCUCAACUUCUACACCCCAUAAAGGAGGUUUUCAGGGUUGUUCUUAUUAAUUCAAUGGGGAAAGGGUAAAAACUCCUACCUUGCCCUGUUCUCACUAAUCUUGUUUUAAUCUGCUGUAGGAAAAUAAUUUUUACAGGUUAACAAUAUGGAUGUGUUAGAGAACCCCCAGUGUGUCUGCUGCUAUGAAAUCCUUAAGGAACAUUCCCCUGAUGUGCUCUGGUCUCACGGCUAGCCUGCAGAAUGGGGCUGAGUCACUGAAGUCCGAAGAGAGAUGGGAUAUAUGCCGAUCAGUUAAAGUACUGUGAGCCUGUAAAUACUUAAUCUCUCAUAUACUAUAUAUCAGGAAACUAAUACAUUAAAAAAGCUGUUUGAGAAGCUUCCAGCAAAAUAGAGUAGUGCUGUAUUCAUCAGGCAUUUGAAAUGAACCCUGCUCUUUCUCCAGAUGGCAGGUUUAUUGCUGCCCUUGUGACCAUACUAAUCUGAUGUUAAAUUUUUGAUGGCUUAUGUAACUUCUCGCUUUAGCCAGAUGUGGGUACGGUUCCAAACAGAUCAUUUAGGUCUGAUACAUGUAGCUCCUGGUGUACCUAAGUCACUUGGUUUUAUAGAACUGUUAAUUUUUAAGGUGUUGUGUUGAUUCUUCUUUAUUAUAAUAAAUUCGUUUGAACCUGUACAGUAUUGUGCUAGAAAGAGCUGAGAUGGAUGUAACCUAAUUUAAAGAGAAGAGUAUAAUGGAUUUUCACAUCUCAAAAUAAAUCUAUUGCAAGUAUAAAA